CGUGCAAAAGCCAAAGCCGGGCUUCGAAUUCCGAAAACAUUCAAAUCUGCAUCGAAAUCAAAUUUACAAAAGCCGGCAAACAAACUCUCGCGUACGAUGAGCGAUUCGUCGUCAGUGAACGAAACGGCGUCGUCGAAGGGGACGGACGCUUCCCGAAUCGGAGAGGUGAAGCAAUGGCUGGCUCAGGAAUUCUCCCAAGCCGGCAAACAAGUCCCCGAUUUCGAAUACACCCCUCGUUCCGUGGCAUAUUUACGCAACCUUGCCACUCUUUCCCAGUCCCAGACUCAAGCCUCCAAGAUCCUCGCCUCCGAUUUCCGCCUCAAAGCCUCCGAGUACCGCUCCCAAGCUGCCAGGAUUCGCGAGAUCUUGGAGAGUGUGGGGUUAGCCCAGGAGGGUUUGCCGUCCAAUGUGGUUUCCUCUGCUCACGUCUUGGCCAAUGUCGCCAAUUUAUUGAACAUCAGAGAUACUGAGCUAAGCAGUUUUCUUGUGGCCAUGGGGGAUAUAUCUUUGAGGAAGACUGGCGUGGAGGAGAAGAGGGCUAAAGCCCAAAAGGAGUCCAAGGUUCUUCUUGAUUAUACUCGAAAGGCUAUUGCCAGGUUAACUUAUUUGAAAAGAACACUCGGCCAACUAGAAGAUGAUGUAGGCCAAUGUGAAGCGCACAUUGAUUAUUGGAAGACCAAUUUGGGGGUGAUGGUGGGCAAGGAGAAGCAAUACAAUCUACAGACUGCCAACUAUAAGACUACUCUUACCCGUGUGGGCUAUACCCCAGAGAUUAGCCAUGGGGUAUUGGUUGAAUUGGCUGAGCACCGGAAGGAAUUAGAGAAGAAGACAAAACCUGUUCUUGAUACUUUGCGAAGCUACCAAGACUUGCCUCCGGAUAAAGCUUUGGCUGCUUUAGCAAUUGAGGACAAGAAAAGACAGUAUGCUGCUGCUGAGAAGUAUCUCGAAGACGUGUUGCAUUCAGCUCUUGCCACUUCAGAGUAGUGUGAGGAGACUUGUUGUAUAAUUGACUCUAUAUAUUGUUGUAUAUUUGUUAGUGAAGAAAUGGUAAGGGGUCAAUGUUUUUUUGUUGAUCUGAUGAUUGUAGCACAAGUUGUGGUCUCAUGAUGCUCACUAUUGUGGACAAAUUUUUGGUUACUUAUCUCGUUUAUAUUGAUUAUCUCAGGCUAUUGCCAGAAUA